GGUGAGGACCGGGUGCUGUCUGAAGUGUCCCAGACGAGCUCUCUUUUACCAGCUUCCAAUUGUUCCCCCUGGUGUCUGUUUUGCAGCAGAGCCGGCAGCCAUGCCCACUGACGCCCAAAGCGAUGCCCGCUCCUUCCUGAGUGAGGAGAUGAUCACAGAGUUCAAGGCUGCCUUCGACAUGUUCGACACUGAUGGCGGCGGUGAUAUCAGCACCAAGGAGUUGGGUACCGUGAUGAGGAUGCUGGGCCAGAACCCGACAAGAGAGGAGCUGGAUGCCAUCAUUGAGGAGGUGGAUGAGGACGGUAGCGGUACCAUUGACUUUGAGGAGUUCUUGGUCAUGAUGGUGCAACAGCUAAAAGAGGACCAGGCUGGAAAGAGUGAAGAGGAGCUUUCAGAAUGCUUCCGCAUUUUCGACAAGAAUGGAGAUGGAUUCAUUGACCGGGAAGAGUUUGGAGACAUCCUCCAUCUGACCGGAGAGCCAAUCACGGAGGAGGACAUUGAUGAGAUGAUGGCAGAUUCUGACACGAACAAAGACGGGAAGAUCGACUUUGACGAGUUUCUUAAGAUGAUGGAAAAUGUCCAGUAAUGGAAACCGGAUCGACAUUCCUCUGUGACCCUGCCCUGUGACCUUUUCUCACACCAAGUCAGAACAUUAACUGCUCUCCAAAAGAUCCAGACCCGCUCUCAGCUCCACCGAGGCCUUCUUCUUCUUACUUCUGGGAAACCGCCAUGAGAUGAAAAACAUUGUGCGACUACAAAGAUAAGAAAAUAACACCGUCCGAGACCCACCACCCUCUCUGCACAUCUUCUCAUAUUAGCCCCGGGGCAUAGGGUGGCGGUCUAUAAAUAACCGUUCAAACCUUUUAAGACGAAGGAACUUUCCCCCCUCAGCCUGCCACCCUGCCUCGCCCCCCCCCCCCCCACCUGUCCCCUGGCAGCUGCUGCUUCUGGAGAAACGUUACACCAUCCUGUCUGCUGGCCUGCCCCCUGCUCCUCUGAGUCCUCUGAACCCUUCUCCUCCUCCUCCUCCUCCUUCAUCUGUGCUUUCUAAAUAAACUUCCUUUCCUCCACC